UGUAAGGUCUAGCAUGAAAUAAACUGUAUAAGCAAAAUUGACAUGAGUCUCCAAAGAAUACAAGACAUGUAGAUAAGGUGCAUGCCCAAGCCAGGAGAAAAGGUGAAUGUUUCAUUGUUUAUUUUUGUUUUGUUUUGUUUGUCUUUCAGAUCUGAAAGCUCUCCUUGCAGACGCCUGCCAGGUAAAAACAAGAGUUCACCUUUGACACAGAACUCGUGUUGCAUUGUCUAUGACACUGUGGGUAUGGAAUUAAGUAUACAGCAGAUAGAUAAAAAAAACUGUCAGGAUAUGUCAAUAGGAUAUAUUAACGUUAAUGACAUGUUGUACUUCAGGUCAAGCUGAGGGAGUAAUUAAACAAGGUUGGGUUGAGUGUGAUUGGCCCUUUAGAGUUUCCUGAUUGACAUUUAAUUAAUUAAUUUACUUUCCAUUGUGUCUUUGUCUAAAUGCGUCUUGUAGGGAGACCGGGGAGGUACCUGUGGUAUAGAAUGGCUUCUGGGUAUAAUCCAGAACAUGUCCUCCCCAGUUCUUCCACUGGAGACCGUGGCUACGCUUCUGGAUGAGCUGGGAGAUAGUCUAGCUGGACUAACCCAAACAGAAAGUCAAGACGACUGGGUGGAAUAUGGGGAUGCCGUGCUCCAGGCCACAAACAAGCUUGUUUCGACAUUGGUAGAACCGACUAUGACCGAAAACACCAGGAACCUUACCACCAACCACACAGAGGUGAGAAUCGAUUCAGUUGGACCAAAUGUCACUCUGUCUGAGACACCUACCAUUCACAUCAAAGAGGCGUCACUCGACAUCAACCUCCUCUACAUCGCCAACAAAAGCAACGGGUCUGCUUCUGUUGCCCUCGUGGCUCUCAUUUACAUGGAGACGGUCCUGGACCCCAACCUUCUCCACACUGAGACUGACACGAUCAAGACCACAAUAUCAAGAGUGGUGUCCAUUUCCCUGCCUAAAACCAAUAUCAGUCUCCUGCCGGGUUCUUUUACCCUCACACUGCAGCACACUAUGGUGAGUUUAAUUGUCGUAGAAAAAAACCUCUAAUAAAUCGAAUCGGCUUUCUAUUGGAUAUGGAAGAAGGUACUUCAGAAGCUAGCGGGGACAUGGAAACUCAUCAAAAUGUGUUUUCCUAAUGUUUUUGGGGUGGACUAACAACUCAUUCCAAUCCACACUGAAAUCUACAGAAUAACCCCUUUAAAAAAAAAAACAACAUGGGUGAUUUUCCAGGGAUUUCCUUAGUGUUCGGUAGUUAAUAGUCAGUGAUUCUGAACACAAGUUUUCCUCAUCUUUCCAGCUAUUCCUUUAAAAGACAGUAUCAGGGAUUU